AUGAACUUCAUAGGCUUCCCAAAACGCAAAUAUGCAAGCGACGAAGCAUUUACCUACACAAUACUUCCUUCUCCCACUUCUAUACGAUUGCUUGAGAUAAGAUCAAAACUAUGGAGUCGCACCAGAUACUCUUUCCAUGUGGUGGAACUUGCUGAAGCUCCGACAUUCGACGUUGUAUCUCAUUCUCGCAGAGAUCUGGUUCCACGGAGCCACAUUAUACUUUGCGAUGGCAAGAUAUUGAAAAUAUGUGGGGAUGCAAAAGAUGCAGUCAAGGCAGGAAGAGACAUUGUUGCGAAAACUUCUAGAAAGACGAAGAUACGAUACAUUUGGAUUGAUUCUGUAUGCAUCAAUCCAGAAGAUGCCAUGGAUCGCACUGCCCAAAUUUCAAUCUUACCAGAAAUACUCAAGAAAGCUCGAAAUGUCAUCGCUUGGCUCGGGAAGAAGGAUGCUUUCACUUAUGAUGCAUUUAAAGCGCUCAAAACACUAUCUUCAGUACCACAUGAUGAGUGGUCAAAUUUAGUUAGUUUGGAUUGGGACUACCAGAAGAGCUACUUCGAGAGGCUCAAUAUUGUUCCCCUACAAUUGCAAUCAUGGCUUAGCCUGAUAGCUUUCUUCAAUAGACCUUGGUUUUCAGGGAUUUGGGCUGUACAGGAGGUGACAAUGGGGAACAAUGUAAUCCUUUCUUGCGGCAAGAAUGUAGUUCCUUGGGAAAUGGUUUCGAAAACAUUGUCCUUCUUGACCCAUACUGGAUGGUAUAAAGAACUGCACACCAAUCAUUUGACAAAUUUUCCUGGUGAUGGAUUGAAUGGCAGGCGACUGAAGAAAUACCAGAUACUACUGAACUCAGACACUGGUUUUAAGAUGGCAGUAAUACAGCUUGAAUCCACUCGAGCAGGGAGGGAAUCCACUCAACUCCUUCCCUUGUUUCGAUAUCUUCUUCGCGCUCAUCGGUAUUGUGAAGUUUCUGAUAAACGCGAUAUUAUUUAUGGUCUGCUUGGUUUAUCGAGGAAAGACAGCCUUCCAUUCACAAAGUUCCCAGAUGCCAUUUCACCCAAUUACGAAACAACCGCACAAGAUGUGUAUAGCACAGUUGCUAGAAUAUUGCUCCGAUGCUAUGGUCUUGGUAUCUUGUCCGAUGUUCAGGACUCGCUAGCGUCUAUACCUAAUCUACCAACCUGGGUCCCGGAUUAUAGCGUUCCAAGGAGACCUCUGCCUUUGUCGAUGCGUGGCGACUGUAGUUGGAGUGCAUGUGGUGAUUUGAGAUGGAUACUAGAAUUCUCGGAGACAGAUUCUACCUUUUUGAAGUUGCAAGGCAUACCACUCGAUGCAGUCUGUGAAAAGGUCAAACAACAGAAUAAGUCAUUACACCCAAUGGAAUUCUUGGAUGGAGUAUAUGAAGUUGCAGCUCAUCUUGACCCUAUAUAUCCUCUUUCGAUGGGUGGCAAGUGAGUCUUCCGAAAACGCCUGUAUUUCCAUAAAUCUACUAAUUCCAUGAAUCAACAGGUUUCAAUCUUCGCGGGAAGUUGUAUGGCGCACUCUUUUGGCCGAUGCAUACCAAAAAGAACAUCCGGCACCACAAGAGUGCGAGGAACUCGUAGCACAAUAUCAAGAAUGGGUACGCAAUGGUGCUCACGCAGCAUAUUCCAUGCAGCGACUGAGUAUCACGGAAAAACAACAGCGCAAAUACAGCAAGGAGGAUUUCUCUCAACUUGAGAAAGAAAUUGAAGCUGCAAACGACGCGCGAAGUUUAUUUCGAACUCGCAAUGGCUAUCUUGGCAUUGGGGCACAAUCGCUACGUCCGUUUGAUGAAGUCUGGCUUUUGGCAGGUGCUUCAGUUCCAUUUAUCCUUCGAAAAUGUGAAGAUGGAUCCUAUGAAUUGGUUGGAGAAGCAUAUUUGCAUGGUGUUAUGCAUGGAGAAGCACUGGAAUGGGGACUCGAUUUGAGGAAUAUAUUAUUAAAAUAA